AUGGCUCCAGCAUCCCUUCUGGACCUCGUGUCCGCGCUCCCCGACACCCAAGCAUGGGGCCCGCCAGUCUCCAACGAGACGAUGCUCGAUGGCGUCCCCUUCGCGCCCUACUCCAAGGCCGACAAGCUGGGUCGCAUGGCCGACUGGACUGAGGGCAAGGACCGUGAGCGGGGAGGACGCCAGCAGUAUGGCAACCGCAACUACCGGGACCAGCAAGUGUACGGUGCAAACCAGCAGACCAACCCCUUCGCUAUCCAGGCCGCCGAAGAGGAGGCGACCUUCUCCGUUGUCGACAACACACGAACAUCAGCCCGAGGACGCGGUUUCGGACGCGGGGGCGGCACUGUUUUCCGUGGACGGGGUGGUGCGCGUGGCGGACAGGCGCAACGGGGAGGACGGGGUACCUUCCAGCGUGUUGGCGGCCGUGGCGGACAGCAGUACGACAACCGCGGUGGCCGUGGUGGAAGAGGAGGACGCCGCUUUGGCUGGAGGGACGACAAGCCCCAGCGCAACCGCGAUGCCUCUGUGCAGGUCAAGCCCGAGUGGAGCGUUAUGGAGGAAAUUGACUUCUCUCGCCUCAGCAAGCUCAACCUCGACACCCACGAGGGCGAGGACAUCGACAAAUACGGCUUCCUCUACUACUAUGAUCGCAGUUACGACAAGCAGCCCGGUGCUAAGACUUCCGAACGCAGACUCAACGUCCUCGAUCGUGCCGCCUACAAUGUCACUACUUCCAGCGACCCUGUUCUGCAGGAGCUUGCCGACAAAGACGAGGCUACUGUCUUUGCUACCGACAACAUUCUUUCAAUGCUCAUGUGCGCUACCAAGUCCGUCUACUCAUGGGAUUUGGUUUUCACCAAGAGGGACAACAAGGUAUUCAUUGAUAAGCGCGAUGGAUCAAGCCUGGACAUGGUCACUGUCAACGAGAACGCUGCAGAUGCGCCGCUCGAGAUUUCCGAGGGCAACAAGGACUCGAUCAACAGCCCAGGCGCUCUGAUGCUCGAAGCCACACACAUCAACAACGUCUUCCCUCUCCAGGUUGUUACCGAGUCCGAGACCAACAAGGUUAAUAUGCCCCACGAGCACCCCUUCUACAACGAGGAGGUCGAGACCGACCCGCCAGCGUCCAAGGCAUACAGGUACCGCCGAUUUGACCUGUCUCUGGACAAGGACGAGGAGCCACUGCACCUGAUUGUCCGAACUGAGCUUGAUGCUGUUGUCAAGAACAACAUCAACGGUGAGGACCAAUACCUGACCAUCAAGGCGCUCAACGAAUUCGACAACAAGGCCCAAGGAGCCGGCGGAGCUUUGGACUGGAGGACCAAGCUUGCAAGCCAGAGAGGUGCUGUCCUUGCUACUGAAAUGAAGAACAACUCUUGCAAGCUUGCUCGAUGGACUGUCCAGAGUAUCCUCGCCAAGGCUGACACCAUGAAGCUCGGUUUCGUAUCUCGUGCCAACCCCAAGAACAACAAUGACCACGUCAUCCUCGGUGUUCUCACCAACAAGCCCCGCGACUUCGCCGCUCAGAUGGCGCUCAACCUCAACAACGGAUGGGCUAUCGUCCGUACCAUUGUCGAUAUGGUCCUUCGCAUGGACGAUGGCAAGUACGUUCUUGUCAAGGACCCCAACAAGCCUCUUCUCCGCUUGUACUCCGUCCCUCUCAACACCUUCGACGAGGAGGAAAUCGAGGAGCUGCAGGCGCCUACCGAAGAUAAUGAUGAGUAG